AUUGCGACUCUCGCGAUAUUUUGCUGCUGCCAACACUUCCUUUACAGACAAAGACGAGGUGGUGGAAGAGGAUCGGCGACUGACUAAUAUAUCUCUUACAAAUGAGAUUUAUGCGUAAAAAGUAGUAAGAACAGUGCUGUGACAUUUAUUUUUGUGUUUUAAUUUUAUGGCUUGAUUCUCUUAUAACGACACAUAACGCAACAUUUACUUUGUCGUUAGAGGAACUGGCGUGUUUCCUCAAGAAAGCCAGCUAACGUUAGAUGGCACAUUUUAAAGUGAAAGAUAUGGAUUAAAAAACGACGAAAUGAUCCGCGAGAUUUGCGUAGGGCUGGUUUUGACACUGUUAAUCAACAUAGAGGAGACACUGUGCUUAAAUCCGCCCCAGGAUGUCAGGAUAGUCCGAUCAAAUCUUCAGUGGAAGAGGCCUGCAGACGAUGAUGACAGUGUCCUGUAUUCACUGCAGUAUAAACCUGGCCACAAAACAGGUGAUGAAUGGUACAGUGUGACGAGCCAUAACGGGACACAGUUAAGAUUUCAAAUCACUCCUGAGUUUUAUGGAGCAGUAUUUCGAGUGCGUGCAGAGAAAGGAAUCAACGUGUCAGAAUGGCAGUAUUCCGAUUCAGUCAAUUGUGCAAAUGCUAACUUCUGUGUUCCUCUGUUGAAACUGUCUGUGAAACCUGAAAUGGUUUUGGUGACUAUGGCGCAUAUGGACGAGAGCUUAGAAAAAGAAGAUGGAGAGCAUGUUGAAUUUAAUUUAUCAUAUUGGAAAGUGAAUAACGGAGGAUACUUAAAGCCAGAGUCUGUUAUUACAAAAAGCAAGAAUGAACCCAUUGUUCAACCGGAAUCAGGGCAAAGGUACUGUUUCCAGGUUCAGUAUUUGCUCUACGAAAAGCCCUAUGGGAACGUUAGCAACCCAAUUUGUGCAAUCAUCCCGGAAACACCUGAAACAAUAAAAAGCCGGCAUUUACUGUAUAGUAUAUUUGCUUCAUUUCUGGUUACGGCCAUUUGUGGAGUCUGCAUUCUUCUGCUUUUUAAACACCACAAAAAGGCCAAACGGUUGUUACAGCCACUUCGCCUGGAAAUUCCUAACCACUAUCAGGAGUUUUUUAGGUCUGGGGAGUUUCCUCUUCAGGCUUGUCCAAGUGGCAGCAGUCAAAGUUUGCGUUCAUAUGACAUGAUCACAGUAAUAGAGUGCAGCAAUUUGAAGCAGAAAGGCCAAGAAGAGGAACAAGAAACAAUCAUUUCAACUUAACGGUCGUGCACAUUCUUAUGCAUAUUCUUAGUUUAUUUUACAUUUUUUGGCAAGUAAUAUACUUUGCACUUUACUAAAAAAAGUCAGAUCUCUCCUGUGUAAAUCUAGAUUUUUGUCGAA